AUGCAAAUAUUACUCGAGGAGUAUGGUACACUGCAAGACGACAGUAAUGCCGCCGGUGACCAUUACAACCCGGACAACUACACACACGGUAACGUUUACGAUGCUAUUCGAUCCGGCACGCCGGGAAUCUGGUGUAUUUGCAGCAAAAUCAACGUCAACACCGAAGCCUUCACCCUGAACGGUGACUUCAGCAUUAUCGGGAGGUCGCUGGUUGUCCACGCCGAUAUGGAUGCUCUCGGUCAGGGCAAGGCCAGCGAUAGUAAGGUCAACGGGCAUCCGCGGGUGCGGUUGGCGUGCGGGGUCAUCGGGAUCACCGGAGACAUUCUUAACUCGGCGUAUAGGGAGGACCUAAAACACAGGCGACGCUGA